UAGAAAUAUUGAAGAACUGAAGCUCCUCCUUCCCCCUUUCCGUCACUUAUCCUCUUGCAUUCCGCACCUCGUAAUUCGAGUACAUCUCGUUAUUCAACAUGGCCUCAACAGCUCGCGCAAAGAGCGUGAGGAACAUCCUCAUGGAGCUAAGGAAAGUUUGCCAACACCCGUAUCUAUCUGCACCAGAACUGGAAAUAUUCGAUUUACCCUUAGAGGAGCAGCAUAGACAGCUUCUCAACGCCAGCGGGAAACUCCAGUUUCUGAAAUUGCUUCUGCCGAAGUUGAUUGCCAGGGGGCAUAGAAUUCUACUCUUUAGUCAAUUCAAAAUGGCACUGGACCGGAUCCAAGAUUUCCUAUAUGGCGAAAAUGUUAAGCACCUGCGCCUUGACGGGGAUACCCAGCAAGCACAAAGGCAAAAGUAUAUGGACCAAUUCAAUGCGCCUAACUCAGAUUAUCAUAUAUUUCUUCUUACAACAAGAGCUGGGGGCGUGGGGAUCAAUUUGGCCUCCGCAGACACAGUCAUUCUACACGACCCCGAUUUCAAUCCUCAUCAGGACCAGCAGGCCAUUGCGAGAGCGUAUAGGUACGGGCAGGAAAAGAGGGUACUCGUAUUCAAGUUAAUGAUCAAAGGAAGCGUGGAAGAAACUAUCAUAAACAAAGGCAAAAGAAAGAUGGUAUUGGACCACCUGGUCGUCCAACAAAUGGGCAAAGAAACCGAAGAAAAUGAUUUCGAGGACUUGUUUCUUAAAGGGGUCGAAGGCAUGUACUCUGGCCAGGGCGGCAUCAACAUACCUGAUAUCAAUUACAACUCUAAGAAUGUCGACGAACUCAUUGACAGGGUUGAAGCUGACGCUGAGGCAGAAGCCAAGGCCAUGGCAGAACGUGAGAGACAGGAUAAGAAUGGAGUAGUCAAGCAGAUGAAGUCAAAGCAAGGUGUUCCAUUCCAAUUCUCAAGGAUUUGGGAGGCUGAUAAAAACGAGUUGAUCCAUGAUGAGGUGCAGGACACCGUGAAAGAUGAAGAAGAAGAGGAGGAUGUGGACUGGGAACAACUGAUGGUGGCCGUUCAAGCUGAGCGUCAACUACGACUUCAGAAGGAGAUGGAAGAGAGCAGAAUUAGGAGAAAGCUGAAGUCAAAGGAAGGAGUCUAUAAAAUCGACGAUGAUUUCGAAGUUGACGAAAAGAAAAGAAGAAAGAAUAAGGGGAAAGGCAAGGGGGUUGAACUGUCAUCUUCAGACGCAGAGUAUAUGGAUGGUGGAUUGAGCGACAAUGGCUCUGCAACUGAUAUACCUGACAUAGACCUGGAAACUUUGAAAGACGACUUAUCGAUUGACCCCAUAGUCGCAAAGUCGUCAGGUGGAGUCAAAAGGAAAAGGUCCAAAAAGAUCCUUGAUAAUGUCUUCAAUCAAUCCACGGCACCACAUGUUUGCCCCCGAAGUUCGCUUUCUCACGUUAGUACCAGUGAAACUCCUCCUGGAAGCUUAACGACUUAUCCCGCUCAACCCGGACUUUCUUUAAUCGAACCACGGCAAAAUAACACAGCGCAAUACUCAAGUCUAUCCAAGACAGGGCUUUCUGGAUCAAUGCUGUCCGCUAAUGCGCCUGAAGAAGCGAACGACACUUUUUCUUCUUCAAAAAAGAGAAACCCAGUUGACUUUGCUCAAGCAAGGCAGACGCAUCCUCCAAUUCAUAGUGUCAGACCCCCUAUCGAGAUCAUUGCUGCUCAAAAUAUCGUCCAAUGGCUUUUUCUGAUAAUCCGGGAGCUUGCUUGGGGUCAUCACAUAGGGCACUGGGCUACAUUGGGCGUACGCGAAAUACCCGCGGAAAAGAGAAAAAGGCUCUAUUGUAUCAUCGCGGCGGAUGUCGACGGUUAUCUUCGUCGCUUCCGACAAACCCCGUAUUUUCUGGAGCGAGAGCAACGUGAGGCUGUUGAGAGAUUACUGGAUAGUGGGUGGCCCAUCAUACCUGACAUUUCUGCUCUGAUAGCAGUGCCAGAAAAGGCGGCUGUUCUCAUUGAUCCGCCAUUUCCAGUCAGUGGCUCGGGGCAUAGAGAAAGCACAUAUGCCUCCAUGCCUCCUGCACCUCCAAAGUAUGUGUCAGAGACUUCGGAAAUCUUGCGUGGAGCUACAGCGCCUGAGAUUUCUGAGAAUGAUGGAAAUACUGGUGAUGCUGCCAAAACAUCUUCGAAUUCUGUGACCUCUCAAGGUACUGUAUCUAUGCCUCCUGCACCUCCAAAGUAUGUGCCAGAGGCUCAGGCAAUCCUGCCCGAUGCUACGCCUCCUGAGACCCCGGAGAACAAUGAAAAUACUGGUGGUGCUGCCAAAUCGCUUUUGAGCUAUGAAACCUCUCGAGAUACCGUAUCUUUACCCGAUAUUAGAGGACCAGGAGCUGCCGUGCUCCCUUCCUCUUUCAAAGAGAAGGAAGAUAUUCAGAACAGGUCUGAUACAACGAGCGCUGGGGGCCACAGCAUCCCACUGGCUCCACAAAUUCUCGAGCAGACCCUGCAUUCCCCUGUCCAAAUGCCAACGCUCGUUGCUUCAACUCCAUCUCUGUCUACUGAAAUAGCACCUGUCGAAAUCUCUCAAUCUGCACAUAUAUCAAAUGGGUCCCCUAGUGUAUCACGUCAGCCCGGGCAUGUGACUCCGACGCAUUCCACUGGUUCUUCUCUCCCUGAAUUGAAUCUUCAAACCAAUGGCGUAAAUGAUAUUCACAAAAGCAGUGAAGCAGCCUCUGCCUCAGAACCUGCACCACUGGCCCAUACCUCUGAACCUGCAUUGAUUCAGUCAUCUCUGAAAAUUCCGUCUGGAUUGCCUAUCCAAUUAUCGUCAUCACAAGCCGUCAAGGGGACACUUCCCUCGUCUUCACGACAAUCCUCCGAGAUUAUCGUCGCUGACAGCAGCGGUGAGCCUGGCCGCUGUGAAUACUGCCUUGAGGAUGGCCACAGGUUACAGGACUGUCAGCGGAUGUAUAGCGUAGAAAUUCUAGAAAAAGCUUUUCUUGCAAUUAAGCAAUCGAAUUUAUCGGAGGGACAAAAGCGUAGGGAUCUUGAGACACUUGACAGAUUGAAGAGCUUCAUGAUAAAAGCCGGAAAAUUACAAAAGGACUAUCAUUUUCCUGAAUCAAGUUUCGUUGCUGUCAUGAGUAACAGAUCUCCCUCUUCCAAUGCCUGUCACUCAAGUGUGCCCGAGCCUGGUGCUCAAGGUCAGCUAACAAUUGAUAAGGACACUCGAAAUGAGGGUAAACGCGACAUAUCUGCGUCUGAAAGUGCAGUGCAUAUUAUAUCCACUCAAUCUUUACUUUCAACGCCACCCCAAAUGGCAUCUGUUGCGCCUCAAGUCUGUCCAUUCUGUGAGACGAACUGUGGAAGACCUCUCCGUGCUUGCAUCCAGGCCACCGGCGAUAGAAAAUCCCUGAAAAGGAAAAUCAGGAAGCUGAAGGAAAAAAUUGAUGGGUUAACAAAAGCCCCGGGGGAGCCUCAAACCGAUAAGCAGCAGAUGGAAAGGAUAAUGUUGAGAAAGAUGCAGUCAUCACUUUUUGAUUGCUACAAAAAAUGGCCUAAAGAACGGCCGUCAGAUCUCUGAUGGGCUUCAUCCGACUAGUGCAGAGGCGGCCGUAUUUAUCCAUUUCCAAGAAUAUUGACCAUCACAGCAACAACAAUGUAUGAAUCACAAAUGCAUCGUGAUCGGUGUAUCCACAAAUCUUUCCUCUGCACUAGCAUGUCCUCCACAUCUUGACAUUGUCAAUAGCGAAACCUCGCACUGUUGGAUCAGAAGACCAACUUGUCCCCCACCACUUCGAUUUGGCCGCCCAGAAAUCAGGCAUUGCCGAAGAAGAAUCAUCUGUCCAUGGCUUACCGCCCUCUCCGUCUGGAAACCAGCCAUCCAUUGCUCCGACAGCAAGAUCAAUCACCAGAUAGAACGCUUCAUGAUGAUUGAUGGUUGUCAGUCUUGGGGUAAGAGGGCAAGUUGCAAAAAGAAUAGCUCACCUUGGUCGAAGGGCACAACCUUGAAUUGGGAUUGAGACCAAGGAUCGGUCAAUCUCAGGACCUUUGAGAAUUGUGCAAGCUGGACAAGCUGAAUGUCGUUGCUGUCAUUGUUGUUAUGGGAAUGGCUGCUCGCCGGCUUCUUCCCUUUAUUCUUCUUGCCCAUGGCUAUUUUUGUUCUGGAAUCAGAUGGUUGAGAUGCAAAGAUAAGGAUAGGCCGGGGGGGCCGUAAUAAGGUAUGGAGCGAAAAUGAACAGUUGGUAGUUGGUCGUUCCGGCUCUUGUCUCCUGCCUUAUUACUAUUUUGUUAUUGAAUUUGAGGGAUCGACGCUUUUCAGUCUCAGUAAAUAAAUAAGCAAGUGAAAAUCAGCAACGGAUUGUCAAAUGAAAUGCCGGAGCGCCACUCGAAGCAGAAAGGAUAUGCAGGGCAUUCAGACAUGUGGUUAGUUUAAGGAUAACAGACCGCAGGCCAUAGGAUGUGGAAAUGAUAGGUAAGGACAGGAGGGUGGGUGGUGAGUAUUAUGCCAGGUACGAAAUAACAGGAGGAGAACAGGGAACAUGCCAGAGGGGCGGCGCAGUAGGAACCGGGGGGUGUAGAGUUAUAGGAUCUACUAGCUCCGGCGACACCCUGCUGGAUGCCUGAAACCUGAAAGAGAACUCUUGUUAGUAUGAGAUUCAACGAAGCGGGGGUAGACAACAUGCGAUGCU